UCAGUCUCGUACCGUAUGUGCGUCGUGUCACAUGUCUACGCGGAUCGCACGACUUACACACGCACACGUGUAAUCGGGCCCUAAGCGCACGCGACACAAAACAUCUGAUUAUUUAUUUCUCUUGUUCCUUUCUGUUAUUAUUUAUUCGGCUAUUUCGUUUUUCGGUGUUACGACUAAUUUGUUAUAACGCACACUAAUUGUUUACAAGUUUUCGGUUCGGUCGGACGGUCGGUCGGUCGGUCGUUCGUUCGUUCGUUCGUUCGUUCGGUCGUUUGGUUGUUUGGUCGUUCGGUUGUUCGGUCGUUCGGUCGUUCGCGGUGACGUACGUAUUAGAGGCGAACGCAACGCGGCUCGGCUAAUUCGCGGAAUCGGCGAGUGAAUCAUCAGAGUCGCGAUGCCAAGUGCAAUCGGAGACAUGUGAAAGCGACCAACAUCAACAAUAGCUCCUCUGGAUAGCUCCGUUAAAAACAAGAGAACAGGCGGCGAUGGCGAUCUUCUGAAACGAUCGAGUUCGGUAACGUUCCUUCAAUUUUUCAAUACCGUUUUUCUUUUCUGGUCGAAAGCAACCAACCAACAUCUAUGCAUCUGCCAGUGUGUUUAACCGCCUGCAACGUUUCCGAAGAAGCGUGGCCCAAAGCGACGAUGAACGAACAUCAUGCUCCAGGCUACAACAACAGUGAAAUCUAUAGAUUGUUGGAGGCUAUUACUGUUGACAUCCAGAAGGAACAUCCCGGUGAACUCGUGCGAACUUGCAGUCCUUAUUUUCUUUGCUCCGCUAUUCCCGGUCAUUGGCGAUCCAACAAGGCCCUUCCGGUCGCCUUCAAGGUGGUGGCUGUUGGGGAAAUCAGUGACGGGACUGAAGUGUUGGUUCAUGCGGGGAACGACGAAAAUUACCACGCAGAGAUGAGAAACUUCAAAGCGGAGAUGAAGAAUCAAGUGGCACGUUUUAACGACCUUCGAUUCGUCGGUAGAAGUGGGAGAGGAAAAUCAUUUUCUCUGACAAUCAUCAUAAAAACGGACCCAAUUCAAGUAGCGACCUACAACAAAGCAAUUAAAGUGACCGUCGAUGGACCGAGAGAACCGAGAUCCAAGCAAACGGGACAGAAUACGCCGUACAGGAUAAUGCAACGACCUACGCUCGACGGACCAUACACGUUCAAGGAUUUGGAUCCUUCGUUCAAACACCGGCUGAACUCGUCGCAGAGCAGCGAUGGAUCUCAGAACUCGUACAAACACGAAUCGCCAGAGGAACCUUGUGGUCCUGGCAGCGGUUAUUGUCCUCCUCCUACUUGGUCCGAUUAUAACAACUCAUACUCGGCUUAUCAACCUCCUGCGGGAUACGCGGAUCAUCAUCCCGAUUCGUCGACACUCCAUCACAUCCCUACAGUGAUAUCCGAUUUGACAUCGUCCGGCGAAUACAUAACAACAAGCCUGACGUCGCCACCUCCUCCUACAACGAGCAUCAACAGCAUAAAACCGACGGACAUGGACCCAAUGCGUUAUCCACCUGACAACUCGUACUGGCCGUCGUCUUGGGCGCCCGCCCCUUCUUACACAGCCACCCCCAACUACUACAAUAACCAGCAGUUCAUCCAGAGUCAUCACCACCACCAACCGUUGAUGUUGGGCCCAUUUGCAACGUCGAGAGCACUAGACUAUCCGCAGAGCGGUGUCGAAUUGCAAAAUCAAACACAAGACCAGAAUCGAGUGGAGAGUGAGAGACCACCUCCCCAAAGUGCGGACACUUCGUUGGAGGGAGUGUGGCGACCCUACUGAUAAACUAUCAGUAUCUUGAACUAGGUUACAUGUCACACACACUCUUUGCCAAACUACAACGUUAAUUUGUAAUCUAAUGUAUAUUUUUUUAUAUUGAAUGCGUAUUUUUCGUUUGUUUUGUUUUGUGUUUGUAUAUUCUUAUGCUCACCUUUAUAUAUCAAUUUUUUUUCUCCAAUUAUUGUUUACUUACAAUAUCACAGAAAAUGAAUCUACAAAUUGUCAAUUGAAUUAAUAAUAAUCUGUAACUGUACUAUAUAAACAUAUCAAAAUCUUUGUGAUUGUACUUUUACUGAAAUUAUUUAUACUAUUCUAGCAAAUUAUAUCUAUUAAAUAAAUAAAUGACUUAAUUACUUAAUUAAU